AUGCCGGGGAUCGAACCCGGAUCUUCCGCACCAGAUUCUGAUCUUCGUCCACCAAGCAAGAUGGCUGCCAGAAAUGUUGUUACUGAGAUCCUGAAGAAGCGUGGUCGCCUUCCGUCACUGUUCUCUCCGCGUGUGCUUGCAGACGCGGUGCCGUGCCCGGUUCAGAGACAUUCAGGCGCAGCUGGAACCGCGGAAUCUGUAGGGGUCGCUUCCCCAGAGGCCAACAAAUGGCGUCGUCUGGGAUGGCUUCUGGCAGCAGGUGGAAUCGCCACUCUUCCGACAUUCGUCAGCACUUCCGAAUCAAUCGCCCUUUCGGAAGCCUCGUCAGAGGAAAGUAGUGCGGGGAAGUCUGAUGCCAGUGGUUCACAUGGAUCGUUCAAACCGCAGAUCGUCUUCGUACUUGGCGGUCCUGGGAGUGGCAAGGGAACUCAAUGCGCCAAGAUUGUCGAGGAAUACGGAUUCACCCAUUUGAGCGCUGGCGAUCUUCUACGCGCCGAAAUUAAGUCUGGAUCUUCUCACGGAAACAUGAUUCAGAACAUGAUCAAGGAUGGGAAGAUUGUUCCAGCCGAGGUCACUGUUGGUCUGCUUCAGAAAGCAAUGAAGGAGAGUGGGAAUAAUAAGUUUCUCAUUGAUGGGUUUCCUCGGAACAACGACAAUAGGACCGUCUUUGAAAAGCAGACUGGCAUCGAUCCUGAGUUUAUUCUCUUCUUUGAUUGCCCUGAGGACGUAAUGGUCAAGCGUCUUCUUGGAAGAAACCAGGGACGGAUUGACGAUAACAUGGAUACGAUCAAAAAGAGAUUUCGGGUUUUCUUGGAUCAGAGUAUUCCAGUCGUGAAUCAUUAUGAUUUGCGUGGCAAAGUGCGAAAGGUUGAUGCCACCCGUUCCCCCGACGAAGUGUUUCAAGCGGUUUCUCCUCUUUUUACCAAGUUCCGUGAGGGUGAUUUGCUUGACAACACAAAGGCCUUGCUGAAUGCCAUUGACACUGGAGACUACAAGACAUACUCCAACCUCUCAGAUGAACACCUUUCUGCCUUUGAACCAGAAGCAAAAGGUGGAUUGGUCAAGGGCCUGGAGUUUCACAAAUACUAUUUUGAUCGCAGCACUGGGAAUGCUUCAUCAAAGUCAACCAUGGUCGCACCCCACGUUGCCAUUGUUGGCAAUGCUGGGGUUGUUUCCUACACACGAGCUAAUAUGGAGGACGGCAAAGAAGCCGUCGCCCGUCCGGAAAACGGAUCUGGCGUACCGCCGAAUGCUCAGGUGCCGUUUGACUCGGCUCAAAAGCCGUCCGGCGCCGCGACAAAUCUUCCGCAACUUCCGCCGCCCGUUGCGCGCGGCUUCGAGGCCCCCCGAGAUCCAUCUAGAAUCCACACUUCGAGUAUACCCUCGCAACUAGAGGCUACUCCGGGUUCUACCCCCGGGUCCGUUGGUCACGGAAUCGGGAAGAAUCCAAUCGGCGGUCCCGGAAUUUCCGGAAGCACGCUCGCUGGUCAAACUGGUGUCGAAGGAAGCGGUCCGAGCACGCCUGGCCCGCCGACGGCUCUAAUCGGCGGAGUAAGCGGCUCGUCGGGGAUGGAGACUACUCCGCAACAGACGACGCCGCCGGGUCGCGGCGCGGAUACGAAGGCGUUCGUUAAGGAGCUUCAGGCGUUCUUCGAGUCGCGCCAUCAGGAGUUUAAGGUUCCGAAGUUCUAUGGCGUGGAAGUCGACCUGUUGAAGCUCUGGCAAGUCGUCUGCUCUUUCGGUGGCUUUGACAAGGUGACAAGUGGCAAGCUCUGGCGCGUUGUUGGGGACCAGUUCGACCCUCCCAAGUCAUGCACGACGCUCUCCUGGUCCUUCCGGGGCUUCUACGAGAAGGCGCUACUGGAGUACGAGAAGCACGUGGGCGUGGAUCCCUCGCUGGAGGGCACUCUCGCCAUCACCCCCAAGACAGACAGCAAGCACCACCAGGAGGGGGGCAGCGGGCCACGUGGAGCCAAGCGAUUGGCUGCAGCCAAGACCGGGGCUGCUGACGGGGACCACACGGAUACUCCCAAGGAGCGCGGCACCCCAGGAUCGGGCCCAAAGCGGCACAGGCGGAACCAAGAUGGAGAAGAAACACCUGAAGGAACACCUGGGGCGGCGACCAGGGCAGCAGAUGCGCCCCGCCCCAGAGGCAGGCCCCCUGGGAGCGGGGGAGGUACACCUGGGGGAGGUGGAACUGCGGGGAGAGAGGGGGGGCGGCGGAAUGCAGGGGAGGGAGGGGCAGGGCGUGGGGGAGUGGGAGGAGGGGGAGCAGGGGUUGUGGGAGGACCAGGGGGAGGGAUAGGGGGAGGAGUAGGGGGGGGAGUGGGGGGUGGAGUGGGAGGAGGAGGAGGAGGAGGAGUGGGUGCAGCAGCGAUGGAUGAUGGGGCAGUGGCAGUGGUGAACGACCUGGGUCUGCCAGCUGACUGGGUUCGAAUCAACGUGCGGCGAUCGCCUGACUGCUUUGAGAUCUACGCUCUUGUCCCAGGCCUGCUGCGGGAAGAGGUGCGAGUGCAGUGUGAGCCGGCAGGCAAGCUGGUUAUUGCAGGGGAGCCAGAGCAGCCGGACAACCCGUGGGGAGUCACUCCCUUCAAGAAGGUGAUUCUGCUCCCAGCAGCCAUCAAUGCGAAUCAAACGUCAGCAGUGGUAACCCUACACGGCCAGCUCUACGUACGAGCCCCCCUCGCCAACCCCGCCCCCACCGCCCUCUCCCCCCAGCUCACCCCCAUCCCCGCCCCUGAGCUUCCCCCUCCGCCCCUGCCACCCAUGGGGGGAGGGCAGGGGCAGGGGGGGCAGGCGACGCAGCGACACCAGGCGACACCAGCGACACUAGACGACGCGAUGGGGAUCUUUCUGGACGAGCCCAAGUUCCCGGUGAUCGAUCGCACGCCGUCGUUCGGUCGCACGGUUGGUAACUUCACGUUCAGCGACUACAAGAACGUCGCCACGUUCACCGCCGUGUCGCUGCCGUUCGGCUACCUCGCAGGUGGGAGCGCCAACCUAAGGGGUCCCAGCAUGUACUGUGCGGGUAUCCUCGGGCUGAUGGGGGGAUUCAUGUACGCGUACCAGCAGUCGUCUGGGCGGCUCAUGGGCAUGUUCCCAAACAAGUGGGAGGUGGAGCGCGAGAAGUGGAGCAACUAG